UGUUCCUUGCCUCAGUUUUUGCUGCUUGUGGAGUCGUGUGGACGGGAACCAGAACCAGAACCAUGAAGGUCUACCUGCUGCUGCUACUACUGCUGCCGCUCUGCUCAGCGAAGCAGUUUCACAUCCAGUGUCACGGAGAGGACUUCCUUAUGGUGAACAACAUGCUGCUGGACUGCACCAGCAAAGUCCAGCAGGCCUGCUACACCAGAGGUAGCGGAGAGAAGGGCUGCACUCCCCUGGAGAACUGUUCUCGACCCGGUUGGACCUGCUGCUACACCAGCGGCUGCAACGCCUGAGCCAAUCACAGCCUAGGAAAUGCUGACAUCAUCAAACUGCCAUGUGAUGUUAAAUAAACUUGUGAGGGAGAUUUCCCAGAAUGCAGCGUUGCAUUUGUCUGUGUAAACAUGAACAUUUACAGUCUGUGGACUUUGAAUGAUGUCUGUUUGUUUCUGUAGACUUUAAUAAACUCUGAGAAACCUU